CGAUCGAUUGCAUUGUCAGCAGCAUGUCGACAACCGAGUUAUCUCCUCGAUUCCAAUUAGCGUUGCGAAGGUCGCUCUUCUUCGGCAUCUGCUUAUUCUUCUGGCUAGCUCUCGGCACACUCACCUUUUCGGUGCUUUCCGUUGUCGGCCAAAGACGGACCGACGUUGCUGGAUUGGUGAAAUUAGAUGCGAAACGAACAGAACUGCUCAAUGUGCUUUGGGCAGAGACGAUUUCCAAAUCAGAGGCUGACUGGGCAGAGAUGGCCAAUCAAAAACUCGAACUUUACGAGAAGGCUCUUCUCAAUUACGUAGGGUAUCAUGAUGAUUCCAACGAUCGGUCUUUCAUGGAGUCUCUCCGAAAAUCUUUUUCACUUGUUACUACUAUUGGUCCGAUCGACAUUGACGGACUCACGACUGCCGGCAAAAUUUUCGCCGUUGUAUAUACAAUCAUUGGUGUUCCUCUGUGCUUACUUCUCUUAACACAAUGUGGUCGAAUGAUCACUUCAUUAUGGGAGGGUAGAGGUCUGGCCAUACCAGUCAUCUGCUUCAUAUUUUUCUCUGCUGUCGUGUACGACAUAAUUGAGAAUGGAACUGAUGAUGUUCCGUUCUUUGAUGCUAUAUUUUCCAUAUUUCUACAGUUCUCUUCCAUCGGUGAGGAGGAUAAUGAGUUCCACGGUAUAAUCCCCUACAUCAUCACAAUUACGGGUCUAGCUCUUAUGAGUACUCUGUAUGUUCAAGUGCAGCAUGAGAUUGAGAGAUCAAUUCAUGGCGUUGAGUUUACCUUUUCGAAAAUUUUUUCAAAAUUCGAGCGAUGGAUGAGCGAAGAGAAGGGAACAAUGAACAGCAAUCGAAUAGAAGAAGAGGAUGAGGAAGAAAGUGAUUACUGAGAGUUCAGUCCAAGAUUCGCUUCAAUAUAGAGCUCUCCUCUUGAGCUCGUCAAGGAUAAUGUGACCUCUGGAAGACAUUAAGAGGCAGCGACCAUUUUUGUAAAAUUAAGAAGAUUAUUUGAUAAAAUUUUAU